AUGACAAAAACAAAACCAAGUAAACAUGGAAAGUCCCUACAAGACAGCAGUCAAAACAGCUAAGCUAUUAAUUAAUUUAGAUGCUUUGGAAGAUAUUCAUAUACUCCUUGCUAUCAAAAUUCUGAUCCUUUAUCACUCUAUGUAGGCCUUGGAAGUGAUAUUUUUGUAAGUAAAACUGAUCCUACUAUUCAAAACUUUGCUACUUCAGGUUGGAUUUAUCUACUAGGAGAUUAAAGUUAAAAUUAUAACAUUUUAACUGUUUUAUAAGGUAGCUAAAUUUUAUUUAGUGUCCAAUACAAUAUACCUGGCAAUUAUUUCUCUGUUUAACUAAAUUCUGAUAGUGCUGCAAACAUGGUUUAUUAGAAUCCUGGGAUUAUUGCAAUAAUAUAAUAAUAGUGGUACUUUUUUUAAUUUUAUAUGGAAGUAACUGCAGGAUCCUAACUUAAUUUAAAUACAUAUAUUUUUGAAUAAAAUCAAAAUUAUUUUAUCUUAUAAUUAUCAAAACCGGGAAUAGGGUUUAAUUCUUUCAAAGCUGCUGAUUUAGUAUUUGAUUUUGGUAAAGGAUAAUCGUCUGUAUAUAGCUGUCUAUUUCUACACUACGUUUAUAUUUAUUGGGAUUUAAAACUAAAUAAUCCCAAUUCGUUUAGCUUAUUUGAAGAUAUUUCUGCAUAUGAUAUUUAUUUAAAGUAGAAUUAUGAUACUACUUAUACAUAAUAAAAUAAUGGAUACUUAAUCUAAGUAAAUCUACCAAAUGGAAAGCUGCCUUUACAGAUUAAUCAAAAAGAUCAUUUUGUUUUGAAAAAUUAAGAAUAGAUAAAAACAGAUUUUAUAAAUUUCAAAUCACAGAGAAGUUUUGUUCUUUCUUUUCACUUUAGAUUAGUUCCAUAAAGUGGGAAUUCAAAUCCUAUAUCAAUAAUGUACUUAACUUCUUAAAAUAAUUAUUAAAUUUAAGUGAGUAACAAUAAUUUGUAUUUCAUUAAUAAUUUAGUGAAUGGAUUUUAAUUAAAUUAGUGGAAUUAAAUUACUCUUAUCUAUAGAGAGUUUUAUUAUCUGACUCUUUAAUUAAUUUUGAAUGACGAUUUGGCAAACUCGAUUGUAAUUAAUCUUAAUUCUAAGCUUAUCGCUUCCUAAGCAACCUUUGGUGAUUCAUCUAUUACUAAUUAUUUUCUAUACUUAAAUUACAUUAGAAUAUAUGAAGGAGGAUUUUUAAGCUAAACUAAUUCAUGUUUUAUGCUUGCAGCAAGAAAUGAUUAAUAAUGUAUAAUUUGUAGAAGCGGCUACUUGUUAGAUUAUUAGAAUAAUAUGACUUGCGUUACUCCAUCUUCUAGUAAUUAAAGUACCUUAAUAAAUAAUGUAAAAGACUGGACACCUAAGCAGUUUACUUGCCCAAAAAAUAUGAUCUUGGAUAGUUAAGAUAUUUGUAAAUGUUUUUUUUAGUUUUAUAGAAGAGGUGAUGAAUGCUUUCAGUGUUAAAGUUACUGCAAAGGAUGCAUAGAUGCAAAUACAUGCAUAGAAAUGGAUUCUUAAAGAUAAAGUAAUGGAAUAUGCAAGACUGGAUAUUUUGAUGAUGGAUAUACCUGUAUAAAGCCUAUGUUUAAUAUAAAAAGUAGGAUAAAUUACAAAAUUAAUUUAAGUCAAAGUGAUUUGGGUGCUGGAUGCUCUUAAGAAGGUACUUAAUCUUCUUAUAUAACUCAUAAUUCAGUUCUCAAAAUUUAAAAAGAAAGGGGAUUCUUUUUUUGUUUUGUGUUCUCAGCGCAUAAUACAACUCCUUAAUCCACAAUAGCCUUUAUAUAAGAUGGUGGACUUGAAUUAUUUACUAUAAUGUUUGAGAUGAACAAUAAUAAUGGAUAUUCUAUGCCAUCUUUUAGUUUAUACGUAUUGGGGGUCAAACAAUAGAUAUUAUUUUCUAGUUAAACAAAUUCAGUAUGGAUAGCUUUCUAAACAGAUUUUAGUACAGCUUAUUUUCAUAUAUUUUUUUAUCUUAAUUUAUACACAGCUGUAAUAGAUGUAAAGAGUUAGUUUUCAAGUUACACAGUAAAUGAUCCUUUUUUAUGCAUAGGUAAGUGCUCUUCUCAAUUUUAACCAUCAUAUGUUUGUGCUAAUUAUGAUUAACUUUAUUACAUUUAUUAAUUAGAUCAGCUAGGGGAUUAUUCUUAAAUUAAAAAUCUUAUUUAAUUUUAAACAAAUUAAAUAGCAUUUUUUAAGCUAGACUACUCUAAUCUUCCUACUUCUAAUUAUAUUAUUGACCCUAUUUCUUCUCUCAAACUAUAAUCAAAUAUAAAUUUAAUUAUCAAGAGAUUUAAAGGAAUUCAAUUUACUUAGAAUAUAAAUGCUUUAAUUUAAGGAUUAAUAUUAAAUUCUAUUUAUCCCACAUUUUCUUGCAAUAUCUUUAUUGAAAAGCUUACUAUGGAAACAAGAGGAUAAAUAUAAUAAAAAAUAUUUGAAGAAUUUGAAAUAUUUUGCAAUUAUCAAAGAGAAGUAAUAUAAUUUAAUAAUCCGCCUCUACCAGAUAAUAAUCCAAAAACGGCUCUUAUCUUUUAUUAAGUUAAUUAAUUAAAUUUAUAAGACUAAUCUCUUUACAUAAAUAAAAUAAGAAUUGAAAUAGGUUAAGGAUCGUAUUAUUAUGAUUAUGAUAAUUCUGAAAAAUGCUUUUUAUUUCGUAAUAUUUUGUAAAUGGAGUGCCUGAUACCUAAAAAAGGUUUUGUAUUCUAUUCAAACAAUUAAAUCAUAUCAGAAGAUGAGUGUAAUAAAAUGACUUCAAUUUUAAAAUUGUUUCAUACAAUAGACUCUUCUGCUUAUGAAUGUGUAGAUACAAGGCUAUCUCCUGAUUGCAUAAUGCUAGAUGAUAGUAGUUAAAAUUUCAUGUGUAUUAAAUGCUAAUAUAGUGGCUAAGAUCCAAUAAUAGAUACUUUCAUGCUAAAAAUGUAGCCCAAAUUGCUUGACUUGUAUUAAUACUUUUGA